UGGUGGUUUCUCGACGGCCGCAGUGGCUAAACGCUCGGGGAACCUGUAGGGGCUGCCGCGCCAGCUCUCUGUUUUCCGAGCUCGUGAUUUCGUAGUCCAAAAUGGACAAAGUCUGUGCCAUUUUUGGAGGCUCCCGAGGCAUUGGCAGAGCGGUGGCCCAGUUACUGGCCCAGAAAGGCUACCGACUGGCGAUUAUUGCCAGGAAUAUGGAAGUGGCCAGAGCCACUGCCGGGGACCUUGGCGGUGACCAUAUGGCAUUUAGCUGUGAUGUUGCCAAAGAACAUGAUGUUCAAAAUACCUUUGAAGAGAUGGAGAAACAUUUAGGUCGAGUUAAUUUCUUGGUUAAUGCAGCAGGUAUUAACAGAGAUAACCUUUUGGUAAGAGCAACAACUGAAGAUAUGAUAUCUCAGCUUCAUACGAACCUCUUGGGUUCCAUGCUGACAUGUAAAGCUGCUGUGAGGAGUAUGAUUCAGCAACAGGGAGGCGCUAUUGUUAAUGUAGGAAGUAUUGUUGGUUUAAAAGGCAAUUCUGGCCAGUCUGUGUACAGUGCCAGUAAAGGAGGACUAAUUGGAUUUUCACGUGCUCUUGCAAAAGAGGUAGCAAGAAAGAAAAUCAGAGUGAAUGUAGUUGCACCAGGAUUUGUUCAUACAGAUAUGACGAAAGACUUGAAAGAAGAACAUUUUAAAGAAAAUAUUCCUCUUGGGAGGUUUGGAGAACCUCUUGAAGUGGCACACGCAGUUGUGUUUCUUUUGGAAUCGCCAUAUGUCACAGGGCAUGUUCUAGUAGUAGACGGGGGAUUACAGCUCAUAAUGUAAUUUACAGAUCGUUCCAUAAUAAUGAUGGUUAGAAUCAUGAACAUAGCUUGGCAGUCAUACCUACAUGCAUGAAAACUAUUCAUACUACAGAUGCUCAUUUUUAUAUAUACUUGAAAAGAAUAAUUGCGUGAGCAAUAGUGUCUUCUAAAGGAAAUAGUUUAUUUUUAAUUAUCUUACAGAAUAUAACAAUUUUUUAUAUAUAGCCACUUUGCAAAUAAUAUAAGCAGGUCUUGAAUAUGAGAAAAUUA